AAGUUUGAAAAAAUAAUUAGUCGACAUUGAACAGCCACAACCAUAAACUCACACCAUAAUAACAAUAGAAGCAAAAAAACCGAAUAACUUUUCAAUAAUAAUACGCGAACGCGUUUAUCGCUUCAAAGUGAAGUCUGGACAUUUCUAGUCCAGGAUAAUAAAUGUGUGAAUUAUAACAAAAAAAGAAAAAUCCAUUGGGAUCUAACACUAUUUAAAAGAAAAUCCUUAAGUGUAAACAAAUUUGAGUAAAAUUAAAAAAAGAUAUAUUUGUUUUAAAAAAAAUGGCUUAUAAAAAAUUCUAUAGAAAGCAAUUCAAAACGAUAACAGUGUUGCUAACUUUAUAUUUGUGUUGUGUGUUAGUGCCAACAGUAAAAUCAGAAAUACGUUCACGCGGUGCAAAUAGUGUUAAUACAAAUAAAAACAAACAUGAAAGCCAUUUAUUAAACAAAUUAACAGACGGUGAUGGUGCAACAUCAUCAACAUCCUCUUCGUCCGCUACAUCAACCUCAUCAUCAUCAUCAGCAACAACUUCCUCUCAUGUUAAUACGGAUUUUGUGGAUAAACUUUCAUGGAAGUGUGCCAAUAAUGCCAGUUGUUUGUAUUCCUUGGCCAGUGGCAUUUUAAGCUCAUAUCGUCGUGGUGAAACGGUUAAAUUUGGAUUUUUAGAUUUAGUGAAAUUACCAACAUCGUCGACCCACAAAACAAAAUCUAAAUUGAAUUUAAAGUCAGCUGAAACCGGUCGCAGUAUGUCGACAUUUGUUGAUUUCAUCAGUGGCAAUGCCAUUCGCAUACCGGUUGGUCCCAUGGUCUUCAGUGUUCAACGAGCAGAAGAUGAUGACAAUUACAUUGAAGUGGCACUAUUGAAAAAAGCCAGAAGUAGUACAGCUCGUCUGGGUGGUGGCGGUGGUGAUGGUGGCGGCCUCUUAAGUGGAGGAGGGGGAGGCGGUGGUGGGGGUGGUCAUGGACAUGGUAUUAUACAACGCAUUAAGGAGCACAAGGAUAAAGAUGAUAAGAAACAAAUGCAAAUGUAUAUACCCAUGUAUUUGGCUGCUACUACGUUUGGUUGGACUAUGGUGGCAGCCAAAGCGGUUGGAUUAUUAACACUUAAGGCCCUGGCCAUAUCAAAGAUAGCAUUUGUGGUGGCUGCUAUGGUUCUUAUGAAGAAACUUAUGGAAAAUGCUUCGGAAAAAAUGAUGUAUCAAUAUCCGGAACAAUCACCCUACAUGAUGCCCUAUAGCAUGGAUUAUGGUAUGCAUUCAAUGGCUGGAGCUCCUCCUGAUAUGGCGGCAGCAGCAGACAUGUAUGGUGGUGGUAUGCCCAUGCAUGCUUUAGCACCCAUGCAGGCACAACAAGGACAACCAGGCUAUGAGCAUUUAACAGCCGAAAGUACGGUUCAUCAAAAUAUAGCGGAUAUACAAAAUAAUACUCAGGUGCUGGCAGCCUUAAAUGCAGCUGGUCUGGGUCAAAAAGUUAAACGUGAAGAUUCUUGGCUGGCCAGAACUGGAAAUGUAGCGCGAAGGCCAAUGGUUUACAACUAUUUAAAUCCACAUGCAGCGUAUUAUAGACAGUAAAAAAAGGAUAAUAUUUAAAACUUCAACAGUUCAAGGAAUUCUUAAAAAACUUUAUCAAAACAGGACUUUGCAUAACGUAAAAUAAAUGGAAAAUAUUUAGAAUAAUUAGUUACAGUUAAGUUCAUCAUUAACUUUAAUUAUUUAAAUUAACAUUGAUAAAAUAUUAAGUCAUUUUUUUAAUU